GAGGUACAUAUGGAUGAUCACUCCACGAAAACCCAAUUACCCAUCCACGUCAUCCUCGGAAGCGGCGACUAUGCCCGAAUAAAGACAGCUACGAAGCCUCUCAUCGGGAGAGAAGGAGAUCCAGUGGCAGAGAGAACUAAGCUUGGAUGGAUGAUUCUAAGUCCUGGGACCGAGUUCGAGAAAACGAAGAUGCUCAUGACGCAGACCUCACAAGUAGACUUCGACAAGCUAUGCCGUCUGGACGUACUUGGUAUCGCAGACAGUGCAGAAAACGAUCAGCUUCCUGUGUACCAGGAAUUCCAGGAACAGCUCGAGCGAAGUUCUGAGGGAUGGUAUGAAACGGGGCUCCCGUGGAAACCAAAUCACCCCCCGCUGCCUGCCAAUGAAAUGGGGAGUCGACGACGAUUGGAGAAUUUGGUAAAGCGACUAAAAUCCAGUGGUCGGUACGACGAUUACAACGACGUCAUAAAGCAGCAGUUGGAGGACGGAGUGGUCGAGUUAGCUCCAUCAGUAGCGAGUGACAGGGAAUUCUACAUCCCCCACAAAGCGGUCGUCAAGAACUCCGCAGAAACGACUAAGCUUCGGAUCGUGUAUGACGCGUCAGCGAGGGAAUCCAAGACGUCGCCGUCUCUGAAUGAUUGCCUGAACCCAGGUCCCUGUUUGCAAAAUCUUCUCUGGUCGAUUCUUGUUCGAUCUCGAUUCCUUCCAAUCCUGGUCACGGGUGAUCUCCAAAAAGCGUUCCUACAGGUUAGGAUUAAAGAAUCCGAGCGUGAUGCACUCAGGUUUCAUUGGAAACCGCCGGGAAGUGAUGACACAAUUGUAUACCGGUUCACGAGAGCGUUGUUUGGGCUAACGAGUUCUCCCUUCCUACUAAACGGUGUGUUGAGUGUUCAUUUGAAGUCGUGGGAAACGAAGUGCCCUGCCCUAGUUGAAGAGAUACGUAAGAACCUCUACGUUGAUGAUCUUAUGACGGGGGGAGCAACGAUUUCUACGGUAAAGGAAAAGAAGAAGAGAGCCAGUGAAAUCUUCGAAGACGCCAAAUUCAGAUUGCACAAAUGGCACUCGAAUGUGAAAGAACUUGAGAGCCCAUCAACGAAUGACGACGAAGUCACGUUCGCAAAGCAAGAGCUCGGUGAUGAGAAACCGCAGACCAAACUUCUGGGCCUCCCAUGGGACAAGUCGACAGACCGAGUAGGUGUUACGCUCAGUUGUGGGGAACAUGGGACGACCAAAAGAAGUGCGUUAUCCCAACUUGCGAGAGUAUACGACCCACUCGGAUUGGUAUCGCCAAUGACGUUGCAGGGAAAGAACCUUUUUCGAGAGAUGUGCGAGGCUCGUCUUCCCUGGGACGGUGAACUGCCUGAGACAACGAAACAACGCUGGGAGGAGUGGUGCAAAGGACUGCCUCGAAGCUACGAAGUUCCGCGUUCCUUAGCUCCGCAUCAAGAGCCAGUGUCAGCCAUCACACUACAUGCCUUUGGCGACGCGAGUAAGGUCGGAGUGUCGGCCGUGGUCUACGCGGUUGUGGAGCAGGAACAUGGAACAACACAAGGCUUGGUGUGCGCCAAGUCACGAGUGGCGAAGCGUGAUCUCUCCAUACCUCGUCUAGAGCUCGUCGCUGGACAUAUGGCAGUUAAUUUGGUGUCGAACGUAGAAAGUGCAAUAGAUCAGCGAGCCGUAUCGUCUGUCCAUUGUUGGUUAGAUUCCACAGUAGCGCUCUACUGGAUUAACGGUCAAGGCGAAUAUCGCCAGUUCGUUGCAAACCGAGUGGCCAAGAUUCAAGCACAUACACGAGUGGAAUGGCAUCAUGUACCGACGAAACAGAAUCCCGCAGACGUGGGUAGUCGUGGUGGAAGUGUCGUUGGAAACGAACUGUGGAGUAAUGGGCCCCAAUGGUUAAAAGAUCCUACCAAAUGGCCGCCAAAACAAGUGCUCGAAGCUACGCGAGAGGUGAAAGAGAUAAAACCGACGAAGAAUCCACAAGCCUUGACGACGGUGAGACGACCAAUAAGCCCCGAUAGCCUUGAAGGACUGCUCAUCAAGUUUUCCCUGCGGAAAGUGCUUAGAAUUUGCGCCUGGAUCAAUCGGUUCGUGAAGAAUUGUAUGGUGACCCGUAAAAACCGGAAAAUGGGACCGCUAGUGUCAGAAGAGAUCGAAGAUAGCGAGUUGUGGUGGAUAAGAAGAGCGCAAAGUGAAGUCAAGGAGGGUCCAGAGUUCAAGGAUAUACGGCUACAAUUGAACAUACAGCUUAAUGAAAGCGGAAUUCUCGAAUGUCGCGGUCGGAUUGACGGAGAUUACCCCAUGUACCUACCCCGUAAUUCCACCUUCACGAAAAAGGUAAUCGAACGAGCGCAUCUGGCAACACUCCAUGGUGGGGUCGCUAUGACCAUGGCGAAAGUACGUGAACGGUUUUGGAUACCAAAGUUGAGACGGUUGGUGAAACAAGUGCGAAAGGCUUGCCACGGGUGCGUAAGAUUUCGAGCUCGAGCGUAUGAGAAGCCACCACCUGGUAAGUUGCCAACAACAAGGACGCAAGGGUCAACACCGUUUCAAGUAGUUGGGGUGGAUUUCGCGGGACCAAUACGAUACCGUACAAAAGCAAAGGCGGAGAGAAAGGCGUACCUUGCGCUAUAUGGGUGCAGUUUAACGCGAGCAGUACAUCUCGAGAUCCUGCGUUCAAUGGAAGUAGCAGAAUUCAUACCGAGCUUGAAAAGAUUGAUCGCGAGACGUGGUCGGCCAAAGAUCAUAUACUCUGACAACGCCAAAACCUUUAAGGCCGCUGACAAGUGGUUGAAGCAAUCACGAAAGGAUGAGAAAUUUCAUGCAUUCCUGGCUGAUAACGCAAUCGAAUGGAGGUUCAAUCUCAGUCGUGCACCGUGGUGGGGAGGCCAAUUCGAGCGUCUUAUUGGCCUGUUCAAACAAGCGUUCUACAAAACGAUCGGCAAUGGAAUACUGACAUUGGAGGAGUUAGAAGAAGUGGUCUUGGACGUCGAGAUUGCUCUCAACAAUCGGCCGUUGACCUACCUCGAGGACGACAUUCAAUUACCAGUAAUAACCCCAUGCUCAAUGCUGAGCAUUAACCCCAAUGUCCUACCAGAAGUCGACGCCCACCAUCUGGGAGAUAGUGAAUUGCGCAAAAGAGCCAGGUUUUUACGAAGGUGUAAAGAAGCGAUGUGGAAUCGUUGGACGAAAGAAUACGUCCGCAGUCUGCGCGAACGGCACAAACAACGAGUCAGUGGACAGAAAUCCUACCCAAAGAUCGGCGAAGUUGUCAUGAUUAAAGACGAAGACAAAAGACGUAACGUGUGGAAACUCGGAGUCGUGUGCGGCGUGAUUGAGGGAAAGGAUAACGUAGUACGGGGAGUUAGAGUACGGACUCCGAACGGCGACCUCGAGCGAGCAGUCCAGCAUAUCUACCCGUUGGAGUUGUCCUGCGACAGAAAGAAGUGGAGCCCUAACCCCGAAGCACCAAUCUUUACCCCUCGCCCCACCCGAGACGCAGCAGUAGCAGCGAAGAUGCGGUUGAAGCAAGACGCAGAAGUGGAAGAAGACUGCCAAUGA